ACGUGUUUGAGCGUCGUUUGUUAACGUCGUCUCGCUCUCUGUAUGUGUGUGCGUGAGUGUGUGUCUGCAGCAGCAGCACUUCCGCUCUGAGAGACACGCGCGUCCACGGACACACACCGACACAAAGAGAGAUCGGGAUGUCGGAUGAGGACUCGCGUGCCAGCUCUAGUUCAUCCUCCUCUUCCUCAUCUUCCUCCACCCAUCAGCAGCAGGAGAAAGACACACCUGGGAAAAAGAGAGAUAACAAAGCCAACAUGAGCAAGACCUCCAAACUCCUCUCCACCAGCGCCAAGAGGAUUCAGAAAGAGCUGGCUGACAUCAUGUUGGACCCGCCACCAAACUGCAGUGCGGGUCCUAAAGGAGACAACAUCUACGAGUGGAGGUCCACUAUCCUGGGUCCUCCAGGUUCAGUGUAUGAGGGAGGAGUGUUCUUCCUGGACAUCGCUUUCACACCAGACUAUCCCUUCAAACCACCCAAGGUGACGUUUCGCACGAGAAUCUACCACUGCAACAUCAACAGUCAGGGCGUUAUCUGUCUGGACAUCCUGAAGGACAACUGGAGCCCGGCGCUCACCAUCUCCAAAGUGCUGCUGUCCAUCUGCUCUCUUCUCACAGACUGUAACCCUGCUGAUCCUCUGGUAGGAAGCAUCGCCACGCAGUACACAACCAACAGACCAGAGCACGACAGGAUAGCCAAACAGUGGACCAAACGCUACGCCACAUAAUUUCCUCCGGCCGCAGAGCGCCGCUGCCAGCCGGACAUCUGUGGGAAGGGGGUGGGAUGGGAUGGGAUGGGAUAGGAAAGAGCUGUAAGAGAAAAUGGGGGGGAUGGGGAUCCAUAGGGUAGAGAUACAGGGUGGAUUUUAUGAUGGAAUUUAAAUUCCCAUUUCAAUUGUUUUCUUUCCCUACAUUUUUUUUUGUUGUGUUUACUUCCCUUGGCUCAAGUAGCAUCAUGAUUUGACAGAAAUGGAUCUUAAUGUGUGUUUUCUUUGCCUUCCUGUUGUAAAUUGGUUUUAUUUGGAGCUUCUUCAUUCUUGUCAAAUGAAGUCACAGCAUGAGCCUAUGGCAAGAUUGUUCCAUGUAUGUAUUUUCCCCACCAAUAUUAAAGUUGACGUUGGUGUA